CAAUCGCUACAUUUAAUCACUGUACACCGGUCGAACUGGAAACAUCAAUAACGUCUCAUCAUGAGUGGCUUCCUGUUAUUCCUCGCGUUUGUAGUAGUGGCUUCGAUUGCUGUUACCCAUGCAGCACCGCAAUCAGCUGUGGAAGCUCUGCUGAAAUAUAAGGAUGAAUGCAUUGCCAUGAGUGGAUCGGAUGUGGGUUAUCGCCAAGCCUUGGUAGCAAUUCCGGAAGUUAGAGCCUGCUUAUUGAACCGUAUCGAUGUCUUCGAGAUGAAAGGGGACGCGGUGUCGUUAUCUGAGUCGAGCGAAAGGAGAAAGGAUUUCUUCGACAAAUAUUGUCCGAAGUUCAACGAAUCGGUAGACUGUUUUGAUGACAUUUUCGAAGGAAUCGCAAAAUGCACGGGUGAGGAAACUGAGAAGAUAGUGCCAGUUUUCAAGGAUGUGGCCUAUGGCGUCGUUGAUCUUAUAUGUGAAAAUGAUGGACAGUUUGUGUUCGAAACCCAGAAACCCGAGUUCAUGGCUUGUUUAGGGACGCUCAGGGAAAGCGUUACGGAAUGUAAGAUUUCGAACGUGACCAAAUCAAUUUCUUUGAUAUAUUACGGCGAAGAGCAGUGCCGAGAUGUGGAAAAUUCAAGAGAAUGUAUCAAACAAAAGGUUGAUACUUGCAGUUCUCCUGCGGUUUACAAUAUUUUCGAGGUUCUGUUCAAUAGAAUAAUGAAGGCGUCGAAUUGCCAUCAGGUAACAAUUAUGAAUGAAGGUACCGUCUACAAGAUUUUACCGGUGCUUCUAUGUGCCUUAUCAAUUCCUCUGUCCAUGUUCUGUUGGAUUGGAAAUGUUGCUUAUUCGAAGCUGGCCAGCAAUAAUCAAGAUAAUGUAAUUCCACCGACGAGAUGGCUCUUCUCCCUUUUGAUGCCCAUCUUGUUGAUGAUGUACGGACUGAAGCGGAAAGGAGUUAACAAAUCCGGUGCUGCGCUGGGACUGAUCUGUGCCAUCGUGUUGUCCAUUUCGUCACACGCCUUCCUCGUUUGCUUGGCAACGUUUUUCUUCAGUUCCAGCAGGGCAACGAGAUUCCGGGCCCAUUUGAAGCGUAAAUUUGAAGAGGAUUUCCAAGGUGGCGAAGGUCGUCGAAACUGGGCCCAGGUAAUUUGUAACGCCGGAAUGGCCACACAGUUGGCGCUGUUGUAUUUGCUGGACUGUGGCUACGGGGAGCGUCCGAUUGAUUUUGGACAGCUUUAUCGAUCGAGUUGGUUGGGCAUUGGGAUCAUGAGUGCCUUUGCAUGCUCAAAUGGGGACACUUGGGCAAGCGAGUUGGGAACGGUUUUGACGAAGGGCGAUCCGUUUUUGAUUACCAACCGGAAACGAGUCCCGAGAGGCACCAAUGGAGGCGUUUCGUUUAUCGGAUUGGUGGUUAGUUUCCUGGGUGGAUUGGCGAUAGGGUUCUCCUACUAUGUGACGGUGCGCUACACGGUGGAUUCGAAAAUUCUUCGGGAUAGUCCCAGACAGUGGCCUAUCAUUGUGUUUGGAGGAGUGGCCGGACUUUUGGGAUCAGUUGUGGAUUCGAUUAUCGGUGCUACUCUACAGUACUCUGGAGUGGAUCCCAGUGGGAAGAUUGUGGAGCGUCCAGGCAAGGGUGUGAAGCAUAUUUGCGGCGUGAGGAUUCUGGACAAUCACAGCGUGAAUCUCAUUAGUAGCAUAAUCACAGCCCUGUUGAUGCCGUCCGUGGCCAUGCACUUUUGGAACAAAAUCUGACGGAGAAAAAUCCUUCUUAGGGCGUCGUUACUUCGAGUGCUUUUUAAUGUCAUUAUCUGAUAAAAGUUUUACAGUCCAGAUCGACAGUAGUUUUAGGACUUAUAUUGUGUGGUUUCCAAGGAAUUCUAAUUAGUCUAAUAUACAUUCAAUUUCAAUUUUCCAAUCUA